AUGCCUAGAGGUCAGAAGAGUAAGCUCCGUGCCCGUGAGAGACGCCGCCAGGCCCGUGGUGAGACCCAGGGUCUGGAGGGCCCUGAGGCUACUGCAGAAGCACCAGCAGGCGCAGCAGCCACAGCAGCAGGAGAGUCCCCCUCCCCUGCCUGCCCUCUCUCUGGGGAUAGAGCUCAGAAUUUGCCUGCCGCUGCGACAUCCAGCAGUCCUCAGGCAGCCGAGGGGAGCUCCUCUCCCGCCAGUGCUGGUGCAGCUGUUUCAUGCACCAAUUCAGGUGAAGGCGCCAAAAGCCAAGAUGAGGGAAGCCAACAAUCCUCUAAGGGCACUGAGUUGUCACGCAGAGAUCCAUUAAACAAGAAGGUAGUGUUGUUGGUACAGUUCCUGCUGCAGAAGUAUCAAAAGAAAGAGCCAGUUACGAGGGCAGACAUGCUAAAGUAUGUCAUCAAAAAGUACAGGUAUCAUUUCAAUGAUAUCCUCAAGAGAGCCUCUGAGCACAUGGAGCUGGCCUUUGGUAUUGAUGUGAAGGAAGUGGAUCCCAUCCGGCACUGCUAUGCCCUCCUCAGCAAACUAGACCUCAGCGUCGAUGGCACGGUGCAUGAAGAAGAGAACACGCCCAAGACCGGCAUCCUGAUGAUCGUGCUGGGGGUAAUCUUCAUGAAAGGCAACUGCGCCCGGGAGGAGGACGUCUGGGAAGUCCUGAAUCUGAUGGGCAUAUAUUCGGAUAAGAAGCACUUCAUCUAUGGGGAGCCAAAGAAGAUCAUCACUGAAGAUUUGGUGCAGCUCAAGUACCUGGAGUACCGGCAGGUGCCCAACAGCGACCCUCCGCGCUAUGAGUUCCUGUGGGGCCCCCGAGCCCACGCCGAGACCAGCAAGAUGAGAAUCCUGGAGUUUCUAGCCAAAGUUCACGAUACCGUCCCCAGUGCUUUCCCAGCCUGGUAUGAAGAGGCUUUGAGAGAUGAAGAAGAGCGAGCCCGAGCCCGAGCGGCAGCCAGGGCUCGUAUCACUGCCAUGGCCAGUGCACGUGCCAGGGCCAUGGCCUCCAGCUCAUCCCACUCAAAGUGAAGUCUCA